GUUAGUGCCUGCAAAUCAUUUUUUGGGAACAAGUGAGCAACUGUAUAACUGUAUAAGCACUGUAAGUAAAGAAAUGAACAUGACAACACUCUUCCCAGAGCGUGCGGGAUGAAAUCGAAUGUUUUUCUUGCGGCCACUGUGAAUUUGUAAGUGCAUUUCUUCGUGUGUGUGCGUGUGUGCAUGUGCCUGUGUGUACGUGCAUAUUUGUCUAUUUCUUCUCGUGUGCAAAUCAGUGCAAGUAAUAGCAUAGAUACAACUGCAAAGUGUCGCCGAAAACGGUCCAAGAGGAGGGGGGCACUCCACUUCCAAAGUGAAGGCCAGAUUCGUCCACAUCUGAUAUGAACUUUUUAACUGGCGAGCCCGUUCCGCCCGGCUUCGAGGAUGAAAUGUCGCGCACGGCGGUCAUACUGAAGUUAAUUGAGAGCCACAAAGGCGGCGCCCUCAUCGGCACCGAAUAUGUUGUCGAGCUGCACGAGGAUGGCCAAAAGCUUCCCGAUUAUUUUUGUGUGCUGUGCAACACGUGCAACGAUUGCCGCUCCAUAUUUGUACACUGGACGUCAUUGACGCAUCGCACCAACUAUCUGAAGACGCACUUUCAGAAGGCCUUCGACCUGCUGCAGCAGCUGCGUCGCUCCUCGGGCAAUUCCAACGAACUUAUGUUCAAUGGCACCAACAAGUUGGUCCAACAUAUCGAGACGCAUUUCGGACGCAGCAUGCAAAUCUUGGCCGUUGCUGGCGAUGAUUUUCGUCGUAGUCGUGCAAAAAUUUGUUCACAGGUACGCGAUAAAUUUCAUUAUGAUGAAUGCGCCGGACCUGAUUUCGUGGACGAGGUGCGCCAAAUGAUUCUCGAGUCCAAGCCGACGGAAACUCUGAAAGUCACGCUUAACUUAAAUAAAGGUAAUGCCGAGCCAAUUGCCCUGGAUGCCAUUUCCAGUGAUGAUGAUGAGAAUUUUGCCCCACUAACGGGACGGCAACAGCAGCAUCAGCAGUCUUCCGGCAAGAAGGCCCGAAAAAAGCAGGAUGAACAGCAGCCGGCAUAUCGUGCCAUUAAUCGCUCACCGCCUGCAGCCAACGAGAAGAGCACCCAGGCAAGCGGUGGCAAGCCAAAAUUGGGGGCAGGGCUGGGCAUCAAACAGCAGCUACCAACGCCCAAAGAGCUGUCAUUGCAGGCUUCGCAAAUUGCACAAGAGCGAUACCGAUGGGAGAAGUUUCGCUGCCUGCUGGAGCUACAAUUGAAGCAGCUGCGCGAUGAAACGGAAACAUAUGAAACGAAUCCGGAGAAGCAUCCCGAUUAUUCCGAGGAAUGGAAACUGUUCUGGACUCGACGCUAUAAGGAGCUGCAGGAGGAGAAGAAAUGCGAUCCAAAUAGCUAUGACUACAAGCCCGACUGGAUUAGCUAUUGGAAAGGUCGACGCGUGGAGCUCUUCAACAUCGCCGUCAACAAGAUCAAAAAGGAGCUCAAGGAGAAAUUCAAGCUGGGCGACGAGGACGAAGAGAACACCAAGGAGCUCAUGGAACGCUAUAAAAUACGCAUCAACAGCCCCAAAAUCACAAGCGGCGAUCCACCUACAUCCGCCGACGCCGCCACCGUAUCAUCCUCGACGAAUGCUGCUGUGCGCCGCAAGCCCAACUAUCGCGGAUCCAACAAUCGCGGCAACGGAUCCACCACCGUCGGGCCAGAUGCUGUGAUCAACAUCAGCGAUGAUGAUCAGCAGGCACCGAGUGGACGCUCGGCUCGUCCCACACGCCGUCCACCGUAUGGCCGCUCAUUGUCACGCUCGUUGUCGCCAAAGCGUGCACGGCGACCGGUGUCGUCGCGCAUGAGUCAGCGUUCGCGGUCUCGCUCCUCAGGGACCUCCCGGCGCCGGCAGCGCACGCGCUCCAGAUCGCGCUCGUCGCAUCGACGUAGCUCGAGCUCGCCAUAUAGCCGCGGGCGUGACAGGUCGCAACAUUCGCGAGGCCACGACGAUUACGGUGAGCGCGAUCGGGAGAGGGAGAGGGACAGAGAGAGGGAACGGGAUAGGGAUAGAGAGAGGGAGAGGGAGAGGGGGCGCGAUAGAAACGAGGAUUACUACAGGGAGCGUGGCGAUAGUUAUACGCGUUCCGCGCGCACCUACGAGCCCAUGGAAACGUUCCGUGUGCUCGAUUCGCGCUCGUAUCCGGAAUACAGUCAGCCCGGCGGCGGUCAACGUUCCUCAUCGCCAACGAGCACCAGUGUGACGGGUGCGGCCAACAAAGAUGCGGAACCCAUUGAAGAGGCGACCGAAGGUCCACUGACGGUGGUUAGUGUGCUGCGCAUGCUAUCCGCAUUGGAGGCUCAGUUGGGCAGCCUCGGCCCCAAGGCGCUCAAUUUGCUCAGCAAGGCACUGGCCAUGGAGAAGCUCAAGCCGAAUGCCGCCGAUGAUUUGCUAUUGAAUGAGGACAAUUGUGUGUUCCUGGAGACCACCAAGGAGAAGCUAAAGGGCAUUCUCAUUGCGGAAGUGCUCGAUGAUCCACAAAAAGUGCGCGUUGUGAAAAAGUUAAUCAGCAAUAUUGCGAUCAUCGUCGUCCAGAGCACAAGAACACACAAGUUGACACAGAAUGAGUCGAAGCUCGUCGAAUUGACCACGAAAAAGAAGGAGUUCCAGCUACCCUUCGACCGGCAGCUCGUAUCCUCGAAAUUGGCAAGCGCACUGAUUGUGAACGGCGUGGAUGACUUAAAUACGGAGGAUAUGAACCGGUUGCUGCAAUUCUUUACGCUGCUGGUGAAGACGAAUCACACGCGACGCCAGACCGAUCGUAAUAGCGGCCUCAACUUUGCCGAGGUCCCGAUUCGCCUGGGACUUAAGAGCAGGGCGACAAAUGAUGAGGACGCGACUGUUGCUGGUAAUGAUCUGGACAUUGACGUCGCUAAACUGAUCAAGGAGUUGGAGCAUCAGCUCGCCGCCAAGGAUUCGGGCACCAGUGUGGCGUCCAAAGCCAGCAGCAUCAGCGAUGCCAGCAAUCAAGGCAUUGAAUCCCUAACAGAUUCCGAUUUGCAGACGCUGCUGCAGAACUUUAAGUUUCUCUCCAACGAGGAGCAGGUGCAUCUCAUCGGCCAUCUGCGCAAACUGGAGAAACUAGACCCGCCGCGUGUCGAACGUUUGCGCAAAUAUGUUAACAUUGCUGAGCUCAGCAGCGACGGUGAAUCGUGCAGCGAUUAUCUAUCGCGUGUCGUUGCCAUCGGCCGUCCGCCCGGCAACAGUCACGAGCGUACAGACCGUGGUGCCUCCAACGCUCGUCUGGCCCCCCCCACGUCGUCGUCGGCGGUGGCCGUGGCGACAAUGCGUCGCAACGAAGCGAGCAACGAACGCGAACAGUCAUCGCCAGCGAAGCUGCAACGACGUCCCGCUAUGCGCAACUCCCCGAAUUUUAUGUUGGACGAUGAUGACGAUGAUGAUUACAAUUUCGAUGAUCUGGUGCUGAAGGCCAACGAUUCAAAUGGCAAGAAAUCCAUAAUGAUGGGCAGCAAUCUGCCCAUUCAGACGGCAUCUGCGUCACUCAAUUCGCUGACCUUUAAGCCGGCGUCGCCAAAGAUCUCGCUCAAGGACACAGAGAAUAUAAUUGCCAAUCUAAUGGGUACGCUGACCAGCAACAGCAAGCAGGCAACAAGCGCAGCCAAAACACAACAACAGCAGCAGCAGCAACAACAACAACAGCAGCAAAAGCAACAACUACGCAAUGUGCCCAGCUUAAUGCAAAGUCGCGCGCAACAACAACAACAACAUCAUCAACAGCAGCAGCAGCAACAACAGCAGCAGCAACCACAGCCACCAUUUGGACCCAAUAAUGGUGGUAGCAAUUAUUAUAACUAUGGUACCGAUCAAAUGUCGAGCGGUCCGCCUGGCUAUUCCGGCGUUCCGCAACAGCAGACGAAGCAACCACAGCGACAACAACAGCAGCAGCCGCAGCCUCCCUACAACAUGGGCAACUUUAAUGCCUAUGGUCCACCCAUGGGUCCCACUGGUGGCUACGGUGGUCAAAUGAAUCCCUGGGCCAAUGGACCGCCUCAAUCAUAUAAUAAUAAUCAGCAGAACUAUAUGCCGUCGCAGCAGCAACAACAUCCACCGCAUUACAACAACCUAUAUCAAUGAAAAUAAAAAUGUAUCUAUAAUGUAUGAAAUAAACUGAAAGAUCAUA